GCAGCGAGGAAAAAAAAAAAAAAAAAAAAAAUUAAACAUCUCGUCUGAGAGUUUUACAACUUCGACGCGGGAUAAUCCUCUCCUGGAAUGAAUCUUCCAUGUUAAGUUCGUUCCGCCGCGUAUUGUUCAUUGUUGCCUGCUAAAUUCCGGAGGUGGCUCCUCCUUCACGCGAAGGAUGUAAGCAUGUAUGAUGCGAUUUUGCUUCAGACUGACCACGUCGCCACGUCGUUAGGCACCUCAUUUUUCAUUUUGGAAAAUUCCCGGAACGGAUAGCGAUUUUUUUUCAAAAGGGAAAUGCGCACAAAAAAAACAAAAAGUUUAUGUUCUUUCGUGAUUUUUUUUUUUCAAACAUUUUAAAGUGGCUCUUUUUUUAAGAAAUGCUUUUCCGUUUUGGAAAAAAAAAGAUAGCCUUUUUGAGGACGCUGCGAUGAGAAAAUUCUCAUUUUGGCCACUCUAGCGCGGGGGAGCGGCAGACUUGGUAAUCUGCCGAACUGUCGCAAACCGAACCGACCGAGCAGGCGCGCCCCCGCCCAUGCCAUGCGAGCAGGCGGCCUCGCCCUUCUGCGCAACCUGCAAAACGCCCUCUCCAGCAGCAGCGCGGCGAAGAUGAAGCCCAAGCGCGGGUACCACCAAGGGGUGGCCAACAAACCCGUGAGCAUACUGAAAAAUGUGAGUGACGCGAUAGGGAAAAAGAAAAGUGCCCCCCAAGGGGGAAACGCGAGCAGGCACAUCAGCACGUCCAAGCCGAAAAGCGGAAACAAAAUGAACAUGAUACUGUAUAAGAAGCACGGACAGCACCUGCUCAAGAACCCCGGUAUAUUAGAUAAAAUUCUAUUGGCAGCCAAAAUAAAGAGUUCAGACGUGGUGCUGGAAAUAGGAUGCGGGACGGGAAACCUAACAGUGAAAUUAUUACCUAUAGCGAAAAAAGUGAUCACCAUAGAUAUCGACGCAAGAAUGGUAAGUGAAGUGAAAAAAAGAUGUCUGUAUGAAGGGUAUAACAAUUUGGAAGUGUACGAAGGGGAUGCCAUAAAAACAGUUUUCCCCAGAUUUGAUAUAUGCACAGCGAACAUUCCAUAUAAAAUAUCCAGCCCACUCAUUUUCAAGUUAAUUGCACACAGACCAUUAUUCAAAUGUGCCGUGUUAAUGUUUCAAAAAGAAUUUGCAGACAGGAUGCUAGCCAAUGUAGGCGAUAGCAACUACAGCAGGCUGACUGUAAAUGUGAAGUUAUUCUGCAAAGUUGUUAAAAUAUGCAAUGUCGAUCGAAGUAGUUUUAAUCCCCCCCCAAAAGUUGAUAGCGUCAUUUUGAAACUUAUCCCAAAGGAAAAUAAUUUUUUUAUUAAUUUUGAUGAAUGGGAUAAUUUGCUAAGAAUUUGUUUUAGCAGAAAACGAAAAACACUUCAUGCCAUUUUUAAGAGGAACGCUGUUUUAAAUAUGCUCGAACAUAAUUACAAGAAUUUUUGUACGUUUAACAAAAUUGUGCCCGUUAAUUUUCCUUUUAAAAAAUACUGCCUCGAUACUCUCAAGGAGCUGGACAUGACUGAGUGCAGGAGCGUCAGUUUGGAUGAAAACGACUUUUUAAAACUGCUGCUCAAGUUUAACAAAAAGGGAAUUCACUUUUUUAACAUCUCCAAUGUGGGCAGCUCGCGGGCGGCCAACAUUGUGCUGAACGAGGAGGGGGACGUACGCGGCGAUGGCGGUGUUGGCGGCGCUGGCGGCGCAGGCAGCGACAGCAGCGACGAUAGCGAUAGCGACGGUUACGACGAUGUGGACAGCAUCCACGAGAAGGUGUAA